AUGUCCUCGUUGAGAAUUUCUAGAUCGUUUCUAGCACAUUCUGCCAAGUCUCUCCGUUCAUCAACGACGUCAUAUUAUCACUUCGCAUCCCCGCGAACACUUCCGCAGAAACAGUUUCCUCUUCCUUCAUAUCCACGUCAAAUAACAACUAUGUCUUCCGCAACAUCUUUCUUCGACUUCGAGCCCGUCGAUAAAAAGGGCGCGCCCUUCCCCCUCUCUUCGCUCAACGGCAAAGUCGUCUUGGUCGUGAACACAGCCUCGAAAUGUGGCUUCACACCCCAAUUUGACGGCCUGGAGAAACUCUACCAGAAGUUGAAGGCGAAGUACCCUGAAGACUUCACCGUCCUCGGAUUCCCAUGCAACCAGUUCGGCAGCCAAGACCCCGGCACCGACGACGAGAUCCAGUCCUUCUGCCAGCUCAACUACGGCGUUACGUUCCCCGUGCUUGGAAAACUGGAUGUAAAUGGUGACAACGCUGCGCCAUUGUGGACCUUCCUGAAGGAGCAGCAGCCUGGAAUUCUGGGAAUCAAGAAAGUGAAGUGGAACUUUGAGAAGUUCCUUGUUUCUGCUGAUGGCAAGGUUGUUGGCCGCUGGGCGUCACUUACCAAGCCUGAGGGACUUGAGGAUACCAUUGUCAAGGAGAUUGAGAAGUCGAAGAAGGCGGGUACUCUCGCUUCGCUGAAGAAGGGCGAGGCUGGUGCCGAGCAGGCUAAGCUGUCCUAA